CCCCCCCCCCCCCCCCCAACCCCCAACUCUCUUCAGCCAUGGCCAAUAACUUCUAGCAAAAAAAAUAAAAUUAAACCCUACCAAUUUUAAGAAAAAACAAAGCAAUACUAAACAUGUUGCUAGGAAAGAGGCCAAGGCCACCAGUUAUCAAGAGAACAACAAGCUUGAAGGAAUUCACCUUAGAUCCUGCUACUGCUAUACCUCUUAAUUAUGAACAACAACCGUUUGAUCCUCAUAACCCCCUUGGCCCAAAUAAUAUUCCACGAUCCAACGGUCAAGAUCAACGCUCAUUAUUGACUCGCAGAAAAUCAGCUGAUUUUGUUGAAACUGCUCAUUUCCUUAGAGCUUGCUCCCUCUGUGAACGCCAGUUAAUCCCUGGUCAUGACAUCUACAUGUACAGAGGAGAUAGUGCUUUUUGCAGCCUAGACUGUAGAGAAAAGCAGAUGAAUCAAGAUGAAAGAAAAGAGAAGGGUUCCUUUGCUGCAGCUAGGAAAACAAUUACUCCACCACAAGCCAAAUUACCUUAACCGCAGUGUGAAUUAUUGUUACCUAUAUAUACUUCCGUUGUUGAAAUUAGACAACGAACAAAUAUUCCAGAUGAUGUUCAAGAACCCACUCUUAUACAUAUACUAUCAGACUAUAUAUGUAUAUAGAUGUGGGUCUAUAAUAUAAGAUGAUGAAUGUGUAAAUAUUUUUCUAUCAAAAAUUCAUGAGCUGGUGGCAAGUUUUGCAAGCUUUUCAUUUUAAUGAAGGAUUGAUCAUCCAGUUUUACUUUGUGCGAAA